UCCUCCUGAUAUCUGUCCUCUCGCUCGUCACACGCCGUCCCAUGCGACGAUGUACGCGCUUACGGACGCUCGCCACGACUCUGUGCGAUGCCGAUGAGAUGGGCGGACUUCUACAUGCAGUCGAGUCCACGUCAGGCCGACGAGGGAGGUGGCAGAGAGGCAAGGGGGAAGUACAAGGGAGAGCUUGAGUGAGCCUUUGUCGCUCCUGAACUCUUGCGCGUCGCUCAGCUGUCGCCUCUGUCGUGCUGCUGACCUUCUGCUGGCUACGAGCCAGGACUGUGCCUCGCAGCAGGGCCGGCAUCCCCUCAGCAUGGUCGGACUCGGCUCGGCAAGUUGAUCGAUCCACUCGGUCGCGCCGAGCAGUCCAAGGGCGAGUCCGGCGAGUGUUUGGCCCGGCGAAUGCGCCAUGUCGGGCAACGAUACGGCCAAUGGACCCGAACAGCUCGACCAUGCUUCAUCCUCGACCAUCGUCGCCGCUUCCAUCGUCGUCUCCUUCUUGCUGCUCGCAGUCGUCGUCGCACUCGUCCUGCUCAAGAUAUCGAGACAUCUCAGCUUGAGAACGGAGAUGCAACGCCGACAACUCGUCAACAGCGUCAUCGCACGCAGGGAGCCAGGCUACAGCGAGAAGAGACCGAGACAGAAGGCAGGCAAGAUCCAGAACGCAUUCACGAUGUACGAAUCUGAAGGCGUGCCUGCAUAGCGUCUAGAGAUGGCUGUUACCCGGUACACGACUGCCCGCUUCCGCGCCGAG